AGGAAAAGUGUUGAGCAGCGGCCGAGUGCCAGCACUUGCCAUCGUGCAUCGUGGGGAAAAACCAAAUUAUUUUAUUUCAGAUCGUCCUAAACUUGGAAAUCCCUCCAAAUUCGAUAACGAGCUGACGCUUAUUAUUUUAUUAGUGUACCGAACAGCGCUCACGAUGAAAAAAGUGCUAUUGACGAAAACUCUGCACAACCGACCAGUCGUCGCAGGCGGAUCGGAUCUUUUGUUGGCCAAGCCAGUCGGUUCUCUGCGUUUAAUAUCAAUACCAGCGCCACAGAACGCCAACACCUACAUCCAGCGAAAGUCCUUCAAGUCUGUUUACGAGGAAAUCUUCAAACUAGUCAUGCGAAUUCCCGAUAAAGCCCUCACCCAACGCGUAAUCGACGCGAUAAACGGGGGCAAUAAUAGCGAUACGAUCACUAUCUCGCAUCAAGAUAAACAAUGUUCCUGUGGAGUACAAAAAGUCGACGCCUCCUCGCAAACAGAAUGGGACACAGAAAACAGGACCUCGGGGUCGGAUAUCACGGUCAUAAAUGAGGAAUCGUCCGAAGCCAAUGGGAAUACUAAUAGCCACAUGGCCAGUCCAAGUUCCACGCCUUUAGAACCAACUUUAGAACCGACCAAAGUUCCUAAAAAGCGCGGAAGAAAGCGAAACACCUGCGUGCCAAAGGUGGUCAAGCGAUCAGCGGCUGAAAUGGCGCUCCAGGAGCGCGAGGAGAAGCAGCUCACACCCGUCAUCACAAAAAAGAAGAAAAAGGAGGUUAAUCAUGCCCCAAAUUAUGAAGGAAAUCGCUGCACAAAAGAAACCCCUCAGCGCAGAAACUCCAACAUGUCGGAUAUAUCGAUCAGCUCGGUUCAGCUGAAUCAGUACCUGGUAGAGGACUAUAUAAGCGGAAACUGCAACUCGGAUCAGCUCAGCCUGGUGGAUGACUAUACAAACGAAGACAGCAAGAAGCGGAUUCUACGCAUAAUGGCCAACGAAUUCAAAAAGUCGAACAUAAUGUCCGCAGAAGGAUUGCUACCCAUCCACGAGAAAUUACUGCACGGAGAUAUUUGCGGCGUAAAGCGUCAGAUAUUCGUGUGCUGCCACGCGAACUUGGACAUCAAUGACCUACUAACCACAGAUGGCGAGGACUGUUUGGAACUUGCGCUGACGAACGACACGGACCCCGAAAUUAUAUCGCUCAUCCUGGACGCUCGCUUGUUGACACAUCACAUCUACGAGAACUCGAAUACAGCUCUCCAUCUGGCGGUGAUAAACAAUAUAAAUAUCGAGUCCGUUAGACUACUGAUGCGUAGAAUCGAUUUGAACAGUCUUCUGCUAACCAAUGAUGAUGGUUACACUGUAUUGCACCUGGCAGUGCGUAAUAACCAGUUCCUCGUUGCCGAGGCUAUCCUUGAUGCUAUAGACGACCGAGAGUUGGGGGAAACGGUGUACAGGCGAACCCAGGAGGCUGCUAAUGCGAAUGAGAGGGACGAAAAGGGCUUUGCCAAGUACUAUGAUCGUGCCUGUGAACGGCUGGAGCUGAGUAAGCAGUCGCUGAAGAACCGUACACAUAAACGGAAUGUUAUCAAUGCAUCUGAGGCGAGGGGCGGAAACCCGCCGCUUUUCUACGCCGUGGAAGGGGAGCAGGAACACUUGUGCUAUUUCCUGCUGGCGCAUUUGGCCGAUCCCGACGAAGAGAACUUAAGCGGGCAUUCCCCGAAAUCGUACCACUAUGAGUACGCUCGCACAUUGCGCAUUAACCUGAAGGUGGCGCGCGUCAUGGAGAAAGUAAUUAGCAUAUUGAAUUCUUGACAUUAAUUGUGUAUUUUGUAAAUAUAUUUA